AUGCGCUACCCCAAGGACAAGAAGGCCGCCUUCCUCCUGCUUGCCUCGUGCAACGGAGUGUUGCUGUUCCACACGUCGUGUGACCAAGGUUUUAAAUCUUCUGCUAUCUCUGACUAUACCUACCUCCUCUGCAACCCCAUGACGAGGCAGUGGGCCGAGUUCCCACGACUUCCUCCGGCUCCUAAGUUCGUCUUCGAUUAUAUUGACGAGUACGCCUUCUACUACCAUGAGCCCUCCGGUGGGUACCGGCUCCUGUUGCGCCGUCAGCGCAGUUCGUGGUUCAUCCUCUCCACCGGGCUCCGCCGAGCUCGGGAGGUGGACCUGCACGCCGACCUUCCCGAGACAAUGGGGAUAACCAACUUGUUGAGGACGACGCCCGUGGCUCUAGAAGGCCGGCUGCACUGGCCGCCACGCCAGGCGGCCGGAGCACCCGCCGACGCCGCAGGCGAGACGAGUACGAGCACGACGAAGAUGGCGGUGUUCGAGUUCGACACGUUGUCAGAGACGUUCCAUCUGAUGGCGGGGCAGAUGACAGCCACUGCCGACCAAACGAAGGUGUUCGACAUGGAGGGGCGGCUUGUCGCGGCCGACUUCGGGGACGAGGAGCACGUCCAGUGGCGGACCCAACGGAUCCUGGGUCCGCCACACGUCGACCUCUGGUUCCUCGAGGAUUACAAUGCUGGGCGCUCCCACGCCGUGGCACACCGGUGCCCCAAGGCCGGAGCCGGAGGAGCGCUGCCCAAAGACGAGGACGGCGAGGACGGUCAACUCCGUGGCGGCGUCGGACCACAGCGUCGUCGUGUCGCGGCAUCUGUUCAGGGAGAGCCUGGUGCAGCACCGGAGCUCUCGCCACUUCCUCCGAUUCCUGAGCCCGCCGAUGAUAUCAUUGACGAGUACGCCUUCUACUACCACGAGCCAUCCGGCGAGUACCGGCUCCUGUUGCGCCGUUCGUGGUUCAUCCUCUCCACUGGCGCCACCGAGCCUCGGGAGGUGGACCUGCGCGCCAGGCUUCCUCAGACGAUGGGGAUAACCACCUUGCUGAGGACGACACCCGUUGCUCUCGAAGGCCGGCUGCACCGGCCGCCACGCCAGGCGGCCGGCGCACCUGCCGCCGCCGCCGCAGGAGAGAGCGAGACGGGUACAAGCACAACAAAAAUGGCGGUGUUCGACACGUUGUCGGAGACGUUCCAUCUGAUGGCAGGGCCGCCGACAGCCACUGCCGACCAGACGAAGGUGUUCGACAUGGAGGGGCGGCUCGUCGCGGCCGACUUCGGGGAUGAGGAGCACGUCGACCUCUGGUUCCUCGAGGAUUACAAUGCUAGCAAGUGGGAGCGCCGGCACCGGGCUCCCACGCCAUGGCACACCGGUACCGUGGGAAUCCCAGAGCUGGAGGGGCGCCGCCCGAAGUCCGUGGCCGCGGCAGGCGACGACAAGGAAGGCAUCAUCAUGCUGGGCAACCACCUGGGGUUGCUGGUGUACAACUUGAGGACGAGGACGGCGAGGACGGUCGACUCCGUGGCGGCGUCGGAGCACAGCAUCGUCGUGUCGCGUCAUGUGUUCAGGGAGAGCCUGAAGCAGCACCCGAGCUUCACCGCGCGGUCCGCUGCUGAGCUGGGGGUGAACAUCUUCUGGUAUUGA